UGAAAUGAGCCAUCAGAACAAGUUGAACGUAGACUUUAGACAUGAUAUCCUUAUUUCCGAGGGGAAUGUGCCACUCGCAACAUGGCGGACUCGCACCGUUCCAACGGGGCAACUACACACGUGACUCUCCAUGGGGGCUAGCUUGCCACACCAGAGACAAUAGCAACAGAAACCAGAAAACGAGCAUUUACGCCUGGUUUUGUGUCGUGAUGAAAUGCAGGCCGCCGUGAUGGAUCCAGGCGAGGAGCCCCCCUCCAUGUUGUGGGGACUGGACCCGAUCUUCUCCGCCUUUGCUCGGCUGUUUGUCAGUGACAUCCUGCAGAUGACAGAGUCCACACAGGUUCCAGGCAUUUAUUUCUACAACUGGCAUCCGAUCUAUAAAGUGGACGUUCUUGGAACUGUGGUUUACAAGAGGGAGAGAGACGACUUCUUCUGUUAUGGAGUGGAUGAUGGCACCGGCGUUAUAAACUGUCUUUGUUGGAAAAGCAAUCUGCUGAAAGAGGAAGAGGAUCCAAGGACAUCCGGGGCGGCACACAGUGAUGCGGCUCUCGGCGGGUUUAAUCCGGUCGCUGAGCUCAAAAAGCUCCGGCAGAACCAGCAGAAGCGCUGCCGGCUGGAGAUCGGAGAGCUGCUUCGGGUUCGAGGACGAGUGAAGACGUCGAGGCAGCAGAGAGAAAUCAUGGCUUCCACCUUCUAUAAGGUGGACGACCCGAUGAUGGCGGUCCAGAUAGCCUGGAUGAUGGAGGUUCCUCAGCUCUACAGGCAGUUCUACGACAAGCGCUUCCAGCUCGACGCAGCAGGCAGCUCAGCAGAAAGUUCCCUUUGCAAGGCAACGAACCUCAUUAAGGACUUCCUGAAGCAGAGGUUGGUGACUAAGUUCAGACCUUACGACGUCCAGGAUCUCCUGCAGCCUCUGAUCGCCGCCCGGCUCCAAACAACGGCCACAGAGCAGGAGCCCGUCGCUGGUCCGUCUGGACGGCAGCAGCUCAGCCACCUUCUGAAGGAGGUCCUGCAGGUCCUGCAGAACGACGGCGUGGUGUACCGUAAGGUGAAGUCCCAGGAUGAAGUGUAUCACGUGACGCUACAAGACAAAGAUCUGUUCAUAGCCGUCAAAGAUGUCAUCAGGGAGGAUUCAAGGAGGGAAAAGUACGCAGAGAGCGGCUGCCACGUCCUGCACAUCCUGUCGGCGGUCAGGCAGCGCUACAGCCUCAACCUGACCAAAGCGGCUCUGGAGCUCGUCCUCAAGACGCUGGAGUGCGACAGCGACAUCGUCAGCACCAGCGACAGCCACUAUGUGGCGCUCUAGCCGCCGCAGCCAGGG